CUGCGUGAAUUGACAGAGAAUUUAUUUGACGCUGAAAAGAUUUGGAGCGAUGGGUGAAUUUAUUGGACGCUACUGUGUGUUAAUUGGUGUGGGGAUAUUAUUGACUGUAACUCCAGUUCUAGUGCAAGGAUGGGGGAAAGAAGGACAUUAUUCUACAUGCAAGAUUGCUCAACCAUUUUUGAAUGAAAACACUUGGAAAGCAGUGAAUGAACUACUUCCACAUUAUGCACAAAAUGAUCUUGCUUCUCUUUGCUCAUGGGCUGAUCAUAUGCGGUUUAGAUAUCAUUGGGCUAACUCAUUACACUUCAUUGAUACACCAGAUAAUGUGUGUAGCUAUGAUUAUUCUAGGGAUUGUCAUAAUGAGCAUGGAGUAGAGGGGAUGUGUCUUGAAGGAGCCAUAAAAAAUUAUACUUCUCAACUUGUGACUUAUGAUCAUAAAUCUCAUGGAAAGCACUAUAAUUUAACUGAAGCUUUAUUGUUUUUGUCUCAUUUUAUGGGAGAUAUUCAUCAGCCUUUACAUGUGGGAUUCACUUCAGAUAGAGGUGGAAACUCAAUAAAACUACACUGGUAUCGUCGAAAGAGUAAUUUACAUCAUAUUUGGGAUAGUGGGAUCAUUCAGACAUCCAUGAAAGAUUUUUAUGACAACGAUCUUGAAGCUAUGAUAGAAGAUAUUCAAACCAAUAUUACUGAAAUUUGGUCAAAUGAUGUAACUGCAUGGGAAGAAUGCCAAACCGAUGAAAUUUCUUGCCCUAAAUUAUAUGCAGAUGAGAGUAUCAUUCUUGCUUGCAAGUGGGCUUACCAAGAUGUUGAGGAGGAUGAUAUCUUGGAAGAUGACUAUUUUCUCUCACGUCUACCCAUUAUUGAAAAUCAACUUGCAAAAGGAGGCAUAAGAUUGGCUGCAACACUCAACCGUAUCUUUGAUUCAAAAGAAGACUACACUCUACAUUCAGAAUUGUAAAAUAAAUUAGUAUUAUAACAUGUAUACUAUGUGUUGAUGGUGUUUUGAUGCACUAUCAAACAUAGAAUAAAAUACCAAAGGUACUCUAUCCUCUCUUCAUAAAAAGACUCUCAAAUGUUGAAGAUCUGUGAAGGAUCACUUGAGAUGACUCCAAGGUUCUUUUAUGUUAGGUCUUAACGUGUUGGAUAGCUUCAAUGGCAUUGAUUUUCUUUGUUGUACCUAUGAGGGACUUACGUACUUUCUUGGUUCAACUUCAAUGGUUAUGAUGUUCUUCAAAUGAUUUUGCAAU